CUCUCACAAGAGUGUUCACCGUGUUAUUGCAGUCUUCAGACAUCAGCGAGAGUCUCCAGUCUCCACAGACCAUCAUACCAGUCACCAAUAAGCGAACGCAAAAGCCGAACGAUACAAGGCGAUAAUCGCUCAAAAAGAUAACUAUUGUCAAUGAAUAAUAAUAAAAACUAUAUGAACGAGGGUGCUUGACUAUCCUAAUGCAGCCUCUGGAAUCUGGACUUUAUCGCGACUGAACCAGUUUUUAGAGAUAUACAGCUCCCACCUGCUUCAAGAACGUCACAUUUACCUCACUGCCGAGUAUCCUUGAUUGUGGGACACUUCAAACCCCAAAUUAUUGUAUCCAUUUGUAUCAAAAUGAGCCGAGACUUCAUCAACAAGCUGGAUCAGCAAUACAUCUCCACUCAUCCGGAGCUGGUUCGUCUUCUUCGUAAGGGGGAGGGGAUCAAUGACCUGCUAGCGUGGGAUGCAGAUACUGUACUUCUGAAAUGGGUGAAUUAUCAUCUAGCUCGAGUAUGUAUCUUUUUCGAACAGUAA